CUGCGCCCGCUGGCCAGGGCCCCCCGCCCCUGCCCCAGCGGCAGGACACAGGCGCGCGGGCCUCGGACCCGCGGGGGGCGGAGCUGCCGCGCCGUUCCUGCCUCCGCACCCCCAGAUCCCUGAUCCUGCAGCUGGGCUCCCCCGCGCCCAGCGCCCAGCCCUGUUAUUAGUGAUGCAAACGAUCUCUCUCCGUCCCAAAUAGGUUUCCAAAUGCCAAGCCCCGGGCUAGUCACUCGGCUUUGAUUCGCACGAUGGGUAAUUUAUCCACAGGACUCCCCAAAGCCAUCUGCCAGACACCCCCACCUCCCACCUCCCAGGGGGAUGAGUCACCGCGCUGAGGCUGGCGGGAGAGUUGCGGGGGCCCUGUCGGAGAGCCAGCGACGCGCAAGCCCUCGUUUUUCAGGGCAGCCCGAGACCCAGGAAGGCUUGAUUUAUGGGGCACCCCCCCCCGACCACAGCCUGAGCCCACCUCCCCCUUUCCGGAGAGGUUAAGGGGGUCUGCUGCAAACACCUUCGCCUGGUUAGACCAGGCCCACCACACGGCAGCAGGCAAUUUCCUCGGUAGCUGUUGCAGUGACACGAAAUCCCUGAGUUUGUUUCCUACAAAAGCACUUUUAUACCCUAGAUGCUCAGAACAGGCCCCCCGAGAUGGAAAGCGCAGGUCACCCCCCCAGAUACGCAGAGCAGGUCUCCCCAACAAGUGCCGAGCAGGUCCCCAAGAUGCUCAGGACAGAACCCAGCACCCCACAGUGCUUAAUACAAGCCCCACGAUAUUGUCACAAGAGGCACCCUAAGAUGCUCCCCGAGAUGCUCAGAACCGGCCCCCGAGGUGCUCGGAACCAGCCCCCCAACAUGUUGAGAACAUGCUCCCCAAGACGCGCCCACAGCCCCCCAGAUAUGCUCAGAGCAGGUACCCUCAGGGUAUCCACAACAGGCCCCUGGCGCGCUCAGGCGGAACCCCGGGGCGCUCGGCGCCGGCUCCCCAAGACGCUCCGGAGAGUCUCCCCAAGUUGCGUGUCGGGCAGGCGGGCUGCUUAGAGCUGAGGCCGGGGACCCCCGUCUUGUGCCCACGGUGGGGGUCUCACCGCUAGCCUGCCACGGAGGCCACUCGGCCCGAGUCUCCCCGGGGGGGUCCCCGUUCGGCCCUGCAGACACGGAAGCGCACCCCUGUCUCUCUCCCACGGGGCAGGACGCCCCCCGGCCCCUGGCCCCCCACUCCUGGGCUGCGAGGCCCAGGGCCCACUGCCCCCAAACCCCCGCACGCCCACGCCGACAGGGGCCAGGGGACAUGGGGCGAGAACGCCAGGGGUCCCCGCGGUGCGCCCGAGGCCCCAGCACCCCACAGCAGGGAAACCGGCGCGUCCUGUUUACGGGCGCUUCGCCCCAAGCCCGUGUAAUUACGGGGCGCGCGGCCGGCGGGAGCACCCCAGGAUACGGGGCCGGCGGCGGGGAAGUGGCCGCUUCCGCGUCGCGGGACGCCGCAGCUGGGUAUAAAAGCGGCCGGCGCCGAGCCCCGACAUCGCCUGCUGCCGGCACAGCCUCCCGCUCCGUCCACUCCCGCCGUCCACUCCCGCCGUCCACUCCCGCGCCAUGAGCUGCUCCUCCGGCUGCCCGGCCUCCGGCUGCGUGCCCGUCAGCUGCGUGCCCGUCAGCUGCAAGCCCGUCAGCUGCAAGCCCGUCGUGUGCCUGGUGGCCUCCGGCCAGCCCCCCUGCCCGCCCUCGGGGGGCUCCCAGCCCCUGCUGAUCUGCAAGCCCGUGCCCAGCGCGCCCGCCAGCGGCAAGCCGGUCAUGUGCCUGGUCCCCGCUCCGCCGUCCGGGGGCUCCCAGCCCAUGAUGAUCUGCCAGCCUUCGGGGUGUCCCCAGCCCAUGAUGAUCUGCCAGUCCUCGGGGGGCCCCCAGCCCAUGCUCAUCUGCCAGCCCUCGGGGGGCUGCCCGCCUCUGGCCACCUGGGCCCCACCGAAUGGGACCGGCAGUCUGGCCCCUGGAGCCACCGAGACACCAGGAGGGACACAGGCGGCUGCCCAGCGGGGCCCCCCCGGGAACUGGGAGCUCAGCGUACUGCCUGGGACAGGCUGCCGGAGCUUCCUGGACCCCGGGGGGAGGCUGUGA